UCGUGACAUUAGUCUCAAGUGAAUGGCGCCAAAAAUUAUUUACUCUAAUUACUUAGUUUUAACUAAUAUCUAAGUAGUUAUUAGACAGUGAGUUUUUUCGAAUUUUGUAAUUGAAAGCAACUUUAUUUCUUAAUGAAUUAGCUCUUCUAGAGCUAAUUCAAUUGUAUUAUAGACUGUUAAAAUGGAUUUAAAUAUUAAAAGACGUUCUACAAAGACUCCUACUACUGGUAGUCUCGUAGAAAACUAUCCACAUGAUUUGCAGUUGUAUAAAAUUCCACCCAUUGAUAAUAUUUCUUUGCAAGAAUUUGAAACAUUGGCUUUGGAACGAUUGAAUUUAUUGAGAUGUCUAGCUACAGCAACUACUCUAAAAAAUUUACGUCCGUACUCAAACGAGUGGAGGGAACAUAUUUUAACAGAGUUGCGGAAUAAAGGCUUGAAAUAUUAUGCAAAAUUAUGUGAAAAAUCGGGUUGUGCCAGUACUGAAAUGGAUCUACAAGCCAGGCGUAAAGAUCACAUUGCUCAUUUUAUACUUAGAUUAGCUUAUUGUAGAACUGAAGAACUUCGACGAUGGUUUAUUACAAGAGAGCUGGAGCUCUUCAAAAUGAGAUUUACGAUAAUGAAUACUGAGUCAGUAGACACAUUCUUUAAGUUGAAUAACUUAUGUUACACUAACAUUUCUGAUGAAGAGAAAAAUGAUAUAAUACACUAUUUGAGAGAUUCAACACCAUAUCACAAUGUGGAUAAUAUGAAAUUUUAUAAAGUAAAAUUUUAUGAAGUUUUAGAUUUAGUAAAACUAAGAAAAGUUUAUCUCCAUGCAGGUUAUGCAUACAUUCCUCAUAAAGAUUUUGUAUCUGUGCUUUCGGCACAGUUUAGAAUACAUUUGAAACAGAGCUUAGCUAUUGCCUGCCAUCAUCUUGGUGAGAUAGAACAAGAUGAAAGACUUGUGAGCUUAUUGAAAUGCUUGCAUCAGACAUACACUGGCAAUGACUAUAGCAAUCCUAAAGCUAUUGUACCAAUUGAAAUAUUAGAUACUUUGUCCGUUAAAUCAUUCCCAUUGUGUAUGAGGCAACUACAUGAACAGUUGCGCGUGGCUCAUCAUUUGAAACAUGGAGGAAGACUUCAGUAUGGUCUAUUUUUGAAAGGUAUAGGUGUUACUCUUGAAGAUUCUCUUAGAUUUUGGAGAGAAGAGUUCACAAAGAUAAUGGAACUUGAUAAAUUUGAUAAACAAUAUGCUUACAAUGUCCGAUAUAAUUAUGGUAAAGAAGGGAGUAAAAAAGACUAUUCUCCGUUUAGUUGUUUAAAAAUUAUAAAUAAUACUGUGGGGCCCCAGGAUUGUCAUGGAUGCCCCUAUAAACAUUGUGAUGUUGGCAGUUUGAAAAAUAAGUUACAAGGAUAUGGAUUUAAUUCACAAACUAUCCAAAAUAUAGUUGACACUACCAAAAGAGGUCAUUUCCAAGUGGCUUGCAGUAAGUACUUUGAUGCAGUUCACAAUAUUGACUUGGGCAUAGGAAUUAAUCACCCCAAUCAAUAUUAUGAAGAAAGUCAAAAACUUCUUAAAGGUGAAUUCAAGAUUGAACCUAAGAAAGAAAAUAACACUAUUACUCAGGAGCCUCUUAACAAUAUGGAUGAAAUGGAUCUGGAUGAAAUAGUUGAAGGAUAAUAAUAUAAGAAUAAUUAUCACAUACAAAUAUUUUUUAAAGCAUACUGAA